AUGCCUGAUGCGUGGGAUGACGAUUGGGACAAGGUCGCCGAUACAUCGGCCAAAUCUGCACCACCAGUCCAGACCCUUCCCAAACUCUCUCGCGCCGAACGUAAAGCACAGCACCAAGAGUUGAACAAACAAUUAUGGGAUGCCGCAGAACAGCCCGAACGUGCCUACUUUCUCGAAGCCAAGGGUGCUGCUCCCCUGAACUCCGACUUCAAGCCUCAAGUCAAGCUCUUGAGCCGCAGACCGACUCCCCAAAUCGCAAAUCGCAUGGCUGGUCUCAACCUGGAAGACGAAGAUGACAGCGAGGAGGAAGAGAGAAAGAGACAAGAAUCCUCUCUGGCCGAGAGACAACGCAAGGCUGCCGAAGAGCGCAAAGAAAAAGAACGUAAAUACGCAGAAGUUCGUGAGCGCUUGUUCGGCUCGCCAGACUCUUCCCGGGACCCAUCUGCCUCUCGCACUUCUUCCGCCAGAGGAGACAGAAAUUCACGGAGAGGCAACCGAGGCAGAGGUAACAGAACUGCUACCCCCAGAGACAGUCAGUCGAAUUCUCCCGCCGAUCAAUCUCCUGCAAGAACAAUCUACCAGCCAAAUCAACUCUUCGAUCCCACAUACGAACAGAAGCCGAGGAGCGUAGCUAGCCCGCGACUUGUUGUCGCUAGAGACGAACAACCUGUCCGCCAGCCCAGAGGUCCCGAAGGACGUGGUGGCUUUGGUUUCGCUCCCCGAGGCGGCAAGUCGAGUCCAUGA